AUGUGGAAACCCUGGGUUUCUUUGGACAACACUUCUAACCUGUUAGUUGCUGAUGUGCAUCGUGCACAAAAGACCAAUAAAGUCCUUGACAUGUUAAAAGAAUGUAAUACUAUAAUAGCACUAGUUCCACCAGGAUGUACAUCACUUAUUCAACCAUUAGAUGUUGCAUUGAAUAUGCAAUUUAAGCAG